AUGUGUGAGUCAGAGCUGCGGGCUGGGGUAACGGAGGAGGAGAGGAGAGAGGCAGAGCAGUUAGAGACAGAGUUGGAUAAAUACUUUUUCACCGUGUUUGACGGCUCGUCUCCAGAAGAUGUGUCUCACGCCAAGCAGCUGUGGACCUCUCUGUCACUGCUGCCUCCGCUAGAGUCCCGCCUGGUCAACGCAGACAUCCGCCAGAGGCUGCCAAUAGCCCCGACAAACCACGAUGAGACACUUCUGGUAGUCGACACCAAUGCUGCUCUCAAACCAUCUUCUUCU